AUGGCGACCUACGCGACCACCGUCCCUGAUGGUGCCAGCGUCCGUAACAUAUCGAGGACGCGAAAACGCGGAACCAAGGAAGGCAGCCAUGGCCAAGCCUCGACCAUCAGCAGCAUCGUCAAUCUCCUAAACACGAUCGUCGGUGCCGGCACUCUCGCCAUGCCCUCGGUCAUGUCUCACAUGGGAAUCAUGCUGGGCGUCGUGCUCAUCCUGUGGUCCGGCGUCACCGCCUCCUUCGGCCUCUUCCUUCAGUCCAAAUGCGCCCGCUACCUCGAUCGGGGCACGUCCUCCUUCUUCGCCCUCUCGCAGAUCACCUACCCCAACGCCGCCGUCAUCUUUGACCUCGCCAUCGCCGUCAAGUGCUUCGGCGUCGCCGUCUCCUACAUGAUCAUCAUCGGCGACCUCAUGCCCGGCGUCAUGCUGGGCUUCAACAGCCGCGCGUCCGAGAUCGCCUACCUCGUCGACCGGCACUUUUGGAUCACGGCCUUUAUGCUCCUCGUCAUUCCCCUGAGCUUCCUCCGCCGCCUGGACUCGCUCAAGUACACGAGCAUCAUCGCUCUCGUCUCCAUCGGCUACCUCGUCAUCCUGGUCAUCUACCACUUCGCCUCGGACGGCCACGCGGACCCGGACGACAUCCUCGUCGUGCAUUGGGCCGGCAUCGUCCCGACGCUGAGCGCGCUGCCCGUCGUCGUCUUCGCCUACACCUGCCACCAGAACAUGUUUUCCAUCAUGAACGAGAUCAAGGACAACUCUCCGCCGAGCAUCGUCGGCGUCAUCGGCUCGAGCAUCGGUUCCGCCGCAUGCAUGUACGUCGUCGUCGCCAUCACCGGCUAUCUCACCUUUGGCAACGCCAUCGUCGGCAACAUCGUCUCCAUGUACCCGACCGGCGUCGCCUCCACCAUCGGCAAGGCCGCCAUCGUCGUCCUCGUCCUCUUCUCCAUCCCGCUGCAGGUGCACCCUUGCCGCGCCUCGCUCGACGCCGUCCUCAAGUGGAGGCCGAAUCGAUUCGCCGCCGGAUCCGGUCUCCCCGGCUCGCCCCCGAACCUGCUGUCGACGCCGCGUGGCGACCACGGAAGCGCCCCCACCCUAUCCGACGCCCGCUUCGCCCUUCUCACCACGCUCAUCCUCACCUUGGCGUACGUCACCUCGCUGUCGGUGAGCAGCCUGGAUCGCGUCCUCGCCUUCGUCGGCAGCACGGGCUCGACGUCCAUCAGCUUCAUCCUGCCCGGCCUGUUCUACUACAAGAUCAGCGACCCGGAGAGCGCUCAUCACCAGCGACUGAUGAAGUCGGACGAUGACAUGGACGACGACAGCGAGUCGGACGAGGACGGGGGCAGCGCGCUCGCCCGGAGCAGCGACAGCCUGCGAAGCGACAGCAGCGGCGCCUCCCCCUGGACGCGCUGGCGCUGGCGACGAAAGUGGCGGUGGGACCUGGAGCAGCUCGAUCAGACCAUGAUCCGAAAGCUUUCUCUCUGCCUCGCCAUAUACGGCAUCGUCGUCAUGACGGUGUGCUUGAUCAUGAACAUUUUCUUCGCCGUCGCCCGGUAA